CGACCCUUGAUCGUCAGACAGUUGUACUAACAAGUCAUACUUUACAUAUCAAUAAUUACUUAUAAUCUAAAUUUAAUUAGGUGUAAAGUAUAGUCCACGAUCUAGUUAGUAUGCAGGUGUUGGGCGAAUAACGUUUUUUUUUCGUCUCUCAAAUUGGUGAAUUUUCCACGUGGUACUUUCUUUGUUAGAAUAGGAUAUAAUUUAUUGUGUAUUAAAGGAAAUUACUUAACUUUUUAUUCACAUACUGUGGAAAUAAUUCAUUUAAAUCAUCGCAGAUAAAUACAUAAAAAGUGGGCUGUACUUUGGGACGGUAUUAAUCAACUAGAAUUGUUUUUAACUUGACGUAGACUGUUUGAUUGACAGCGGAAAUUUACACCACGGUAAUCGAUUGGAAACGUAAAAGGUAGAACAUUACAUUUUAAAAGAGACAAAAAUGAAUGGAAGUUGUGAUUUUUCUUGUUGAUAUUUUCUCUGCUAAUAUCAUUAUUGAUUAUUGAACGCCAAACACAAACGUUCCAUUUUAGUUGAGUUCAAAGAGAGGAUACCUGUAUUUCGCACCUGUAAAAUUAAUAAUUUGGAGAUAAAAAUGGUUACAAACGUUUUCUAUCUGAUUUUAGUUGUCUUUUCGAUGUACAGUGAAGUUUGGACUGGAUACUUUCCUUCAGAGUGUCGAAAAUGUAAAGCAGGAUUUUAUGUCAAAGAGAUAUGUGAUACCGGGGACCAUGAUCUAGCCCAUGAUACAAUAUGUGCGCCGUGUGUAUCUGGACAUUUUAUGUCACAAAAUGACCAUUUAAAUACAGUUUGUACUGUUUGUUCCGUCUGUGCGCCUGGGCAUUAUUCAGACGCUCCAUGUUCCACUAAAAGUGAUACAAAAUGUCAGUCAUGUGAUAUUGAGGCUGACACCGAAAGUUUUACGACGUCUUGUUCAAAAGUCCCCCUGGCAAAUUUAAAUAUAAAUGGGGGCGGUGUUAUGUUAGAUAGCUUAGAAGAACCCGGAUCUGGUUCUGACGAAUCUUUUGAGGUUUUGCCUCAAAAUGUCAGUAUCAUAAACGCUGAAUUGAUUGCUUCCGAAAAUGAAACGGAAGGGAGUGGUGAGGUUAUUUUAGAUAUCCCUACUUCGAAUCAAAUAGUUCUUGAAGGAAAACCACCAUCAUCUCACAAUGUAUCAGAUGAGGAUUUGAUACCAGUUUCAGUCAACCCAACAACGAUUCCAAAAAUAACAACAGGAAAACCACCAUCAUCUCACAAUGUAUCAGAUGAGGAUUUGAUACCAGUUUCGGUCAACCCCACAACGAUUCCAAAAAUAACAACAGGAAAACCACCAUCAUUAAAAAAUGACACUGAACCUUCAACUACGACUACAGUAAAACCUACAACAAGUGCGCCGGUUACAACAACAACAGAAAAAGAAAAAGAAUUAGAUUUUGGUGUUGGAAUUAAAAUAACAGAAGCCAAAGGAGAUGAAACGAAUAAAGAAGACAAUGAAGAAAAUGUUUACGUCCCUGUCCAACUUGACCAACCAACAACAAAUCCCAAAGACGAAAACAAAGCACCUUCGAGGUCAGCUAUAGCGGAGAGAAAAUCAGCUAUGACUGAUGACAGUGAUAAAGUGUCCAUUGGAAUUGUUAUUGCUGUAGCCAUUAUUGCCGCCAUUGUUUUCUUUGUAAUUGGUUUUAUUGCCAGUAAAUACUGUAGGAGGAGACGGCAGUCGAUGAAACUGAUGACUAAAGCACAAAAGAAUGGCGGUCCCCAUAAUGGAAGUAUCCCCGUCAUGGUAGACGCAAGCAAUACAUACAGGUCAAAUGGUAUCUAUGACGAAAUUGGAAAAGAGGCUAACGGAACAUGUAGCAGUGAAAAACUAGAUGCAAUAAUACCACACGCAGUGGAUAAUGUGUACGCUAUACCAAACAAGAGAACGAAACAAGUCCAGCAAGACAUUAAAUAUAUUGAUGAAACAACGGAUGACGAAAGCAAAGAAGGUGAUAAGUUGUUAGGAGGCAAUGAAACAGAAGAUGACAAUGAGGACGUCAAAACACCAAAUCAAAAUGGCGACAUUUCCGUUUCCGGAACAGCAGCCGUAACAACCAAUGAAUCUAGUCCUAUGUUGAAUGAAAUACAAUUGGAGAUGGAAAAUAAUGUAGAACCUCCUAAAGAAACAGAUGCCCUUGUGGAAUCUUGAAAAUUGGAUCGUUGACUUUUUUGUUUUUUAUUUCGCGCAACGGACACUAAACAACUGUACAUUGCUUUAGGUCAAAAAUCAAACAAGCUAGAUGACAAUUUAACAAUAAGUGCUUUAUAGCCUCAAAGGCAUUUUCACAUAAUGUGCAAUAUUUAUUCUUUCAUAUGACAAAAGCGAAUCAAAUGUGUGAUAGAUCCUAUAUAUAAUUUCAUGACAAAACUUGUGUAUAUAUAAUAUUGACUUUUUCAUCCGAGAGAGAGAAAAUCUGGAAAAAGACUGACGUUUUAAUAUGUUUCAAUCAGUAUUUUUGCUUUUAUUUCGAUAUAGGCGUUUUUGGUAAUAUGAACUAUUCUUUUGCGGUGUGUUAUACUUGUUUGAUUGUAAAUUUAUAAUACAUGACUUGUAUAACGCAAUCCUGUUCCUUUGAUGUCAAAUUAGAUUUAUUUAAUGUUUUUUAUUUAUUCAAGUGCUUUUAAUGAAAUAAUGUUUCUGGUCAUUAUGAUAGAUGAUAUAAUUAGAGAGAUUUUUUCUACAGGAAAUUUAGAUAAAACAGAAUUGUAUAUUUAGAUAAUACAUAAUAAAAAUUGGGUGUUGGAUGUACUAAAACCGGAUAUUUGCAUGAAAUAUACAUUAAUAUAAUGUAAAGAUAAUAUAAAUCGUCAAUCUAGAGUAAAUAACAAGAAAUUAUUAAAAAGUGUGCAUGAAUAUCGAAGACAAAGAGAUUUGUCGGUGAAAGAGAGAGCGCGUGCAUAAGAAUCGAAGACAAAGAGAUUUGUCGGAGAGAGCGAGCGAGCGAGAGAGUGAGAGAGAGGUAGAUGGAAAAUGAAAGAAUGAGCAUAAUCGAGUAGGAAUGCACAAUAAUUGAUUGGUUAAGUUUUGGUGUUUAACGCCACUCUAAAGCACUAAAAUAAUUGUCUAUAGCAUGUCGUAUAGUUUUAUAGGUUGAGCAAGUCGGGAACCACCGACCUUCGGCAGUAUAACUGUCAAUCUUAGUCAAUUAACAUUGGAGCCGAACGCACCUUCUAGGUAUUGGUUCGAACUGUAGCGAAUUCAAAAUGAAAACUACAAGCAAUCUAUACGAUUGAAAGGGUGUAGUUCAAUAGUUACUAAUAUAUGUUUCGUUUAUGUUGUUUUCUUCUUUUUAAUCAUUUAUUUAAAUGCAUCGUUGAAGUAAGAUUUUUAGCGUUUUUUCGUUAAUGUUUGCAUUGUAUAUGUUGCAUUGUUUUUCAUUGUUUCAGCCUCAUGUCGAAGAUAGUGUUACGUUUUGGAAGUUGAACUAUGAACUAAUCAUUUCAAUUUUAUUUGCAUUUUGCUUUGUAUGUAUAAGCUGCUGUCGAUUUUAUUUGAAUAAUUCCUCAAGCUGUUCAUGAUAGGGUCCACGUGUUCUCUUCCUAUGAUAAAGUGGACACUUUUAAGUUUUGUUUAUAAUUAAUAAUCCUAAUAAAAGUCCAAACUGGUAGACAACUCAUCUUUUUAAAUUCAUAAAAUCUUUUUAAAAAAGUGAUCGUUUUGUUCUCAUUUAACUCCAUGCUCAACGAUUUUUAUUAAACGUUCUUCAUAAAUAGUAUAUUCACAGAAUAUUUUGAGUUUUUAGUAUACAUUGUCGGUUUCCGUCCACAAAGUCAUUAAUGGAUGAAAAUUUUGUUGUUCGAAUAAAUGUUAAAAAAAUGAUACAUUUACAUGUAUAUAUACGCAUCUGUAUAUAUUUCAUGUAUAUCGUUGUUUUUUAUGUUAAGUACACUGUCUAGAGGGAGAGUUACAUGAACUAAAAAUAGGUGAAACACGUAAAAUUCCACGAAAGAAAGAAAUGGACUCACUCUGCAUGAAUUACCAUGGUAAAAACUCAUAGGCGGAUCCAGGGGGCUGGUAGGACCGCCACCCCCUUUUUUCGUAGGAGAAAUUUGGUUGAUUAUAUAGGGAAUCAUUAACGCAUGACUGUAUCGGUCCCCUUUUAUGGCGGGCAGUGCCCCCUUAUUUCAAGUUUGGAUCAACCACUGAAACUUAGCAUAACUGAGUUUUGGUUUAAACUUCUUUGUGUCGUUGGAUUGCUGUCCGGUUGAAAUAUACCCACAUCACCUUUUAUUUCGGGGAAACAUGAUGAAAACAACAGCAUUUCUAAUUGUGGUUACACCACGUGAUGUUGAAACUGUUAUACUCUUAAAAUGAAACCCUCUAUACAGUAUACUCAUACCACCCAUUGUCUCGCCCGAAUCGUUUUAAUUUAAUUUGUUCAUGUACUAGUAUUUGCUUAUUUUUAUUGACUUAAUUAUGUUUGAAUGAUAUGAAUGUUUUAAACAGUAUUUUUAUGUGUUCUUUUUAUUUUUAAGGUGCAAAAGAUGUAUGUAAAUAAAAUGUAAAUAAAAUUGCUAAUUAUUUA